AGGCGGAUGUUGACAGGCCCUCUGCUGGGUUCGAGCGUGGCUUCUGCUGCUGUCACGUUUCUUGCUGCAGCGCCCACAUCUAGAACUUUCCUGUCACUCCAGAAACACACACCAUUUCCGCGGCAAACUCAUGGCAACCGAACGCAGCUUCCCGGACAGCUUCAUUGACGAAGACCCACAGAAAGCUCUGGAGGAGCUUAAUGAGGCCUUGCAAGGAGACACUGACAAUGCUGAGUGGUUUUGUCAGCGUGCCUAUGCCCACAUACUGCUCAAAAACUACACCUGUGCUGCUGAUGAUGCCAAGAAAGCACAACAGCUAAAACCCAGCCUUCCCCUUGCUUUCAUGCGAACAGGAAUAGCAGAGUACCACCUGAACCACUAUGAGUCAGCACAUGCAGCCUUCACGCAGGGACACCAACUAGACGCUUCUGACAAAUCCUUUGACAUCUGGAUCAAACGGUGUGAGGAGAUGAUUGCAGAUCAGACAGAAAACAGCAGUGUCAACACGACACCAGCAGUUCCACCUGUGAAGCACGACUGGUACCAAACAGACAAUCAAGUCAUUGUCACAGUUAUGGUGAAAAAUGUACCCAAGGAUGGUGUACGUGUCAGCUUCAGUGAAAAAGAGCUGUCUGCAGCAAUAAAGCUAGCAUCAGGGGAGGACUACUGCCUCCACCUGCACCUCCAGCACCCUAUCAUCCCCCAACAGAGCAACUUUAGGAUCCUCACCACCAAGGUGGAGAUCAAGAUGAAGAAGACAGAUGCCACGAGAUGGGAGAAGCUGGAGGGAACAGGACACGAGUCCAACAUCAAACACUUCAAUCCUAACCAGUCCACCCCGUCUUCCCUCGACACCUGCAAAUGGGACAAGAUGUUGGUGGACCUGAACGAGGAGGAGAAAAAUGAGAAUCUGGAGGGAGACGCGGCACUCAACAGCCUCUUUAAGCAGAUCUACUCCGAUGGCUCAGACGAGGUCAAACGAGCCAUGAACAAAUCCUUUAUGGAGUCAGGUGGUACGGUCCUGAGCACCAACUGGAAAGAUGUGGGCAAGAGAAAAGUGGAAAUGAGCCCACCGGAUGACGUCGAGUUCAAGAAGUACUGAGCACCUCCCUCCUCUCUCGCUCCCCUCUCUUUCCUCGUUUUUUUGAUUUUACGCCAUCUCUCUUCACGUUUGUCCUUGGGAGCUCCUCGUUGCUCUGCAGCCCGCGUGGCCGUCCUCUUCAUUGCUUCUUUCUUGUGUUGUUGCUCCGGUGUUUUUCACUAAGUGCAGGGAGCCACAGCGUUCCCACUAUCACUCCACCAAACCACACACGGCCUACUCUCUGCAACAGCUCUUGACCGGAUCGGGUCGGUUGAUUUGAAUAAUCUGUUGAACGGAUUGAUUUACUUUAUCAGAUUUUGUUAAAGCCCAAUGAACUCAAAAGGGACCUAAGUCUGGAUUGAAAUGCGACUCCAGACCUAAAAUACUCAACUUCAGCUUCAUCAAAUCGGCUUCUUUUUCUCUCCUGGUUUUCCCCAUUUUUAUUUUGGAGCCUUUUAAGAUUCAUUGUUUUCAGCUCUUGUACAAAAAUGUAAAGUUGCUAGAAACAGCAACCAGCUGAGAUAUUUCUAUUCUAACUACGAAUGGGUGUCUUGGCUCUUGGGUUCUUUUCCUUCCUGUGUACUCAGUAGAAAGUCAACAGCAAUACUCGGCACACUGACUCGUCUGGAAUCUGUGUGACAUGUCAGCCAGUGGCUUAGCACCGGUCGUUCCCUCAGUGUGACUCAAGCUUCAGUGUAAAUAAAAGAUUUGUUGUUUGGCUCACAAA